AAGUAACUCAGAAGCAAUGGCUCGGUUGAAUCCUUUCAUGCUCUGGAAAGCAAAAGCAAAGCCAAACUGAGAUUCGAUGUUUUGUGCACUUCACUUUUGCUUGCUUUUCUCGGCGACCAAGUGGGGUUUACAUGCAUUUACAUUUCGUAAUGGAAUCUGAUUCAGAUCCGUUGGUUUCUAUUUGGAUCACGUUUCUCCUUGGAUUAAGAUUGUGAUGUCCUGCUUUAUUACUUAUUUUGGAUACUUGGGAAUAUACAAAGAAAGUGAAGUACGAGGUUAGGAUAAUUCGUUAGUGUCCUGGCUCUCCCCAUUCCACGGAUAGCUUCCUUACAUGCCUUUGUUGUGCAGAUGCAGUGGCCAAAAUUUUGAUAAAUUCCCCUCCUGUGAGGGUAUUUUAUCUUAACUAAUCCACUACUAGAUCGCACGACCUGGAUUUUGUCAGCACUCAAAUCAAGACUGUGAUUCAUUGUAUGAUACCCUUGUUUCACUAUCAGGAGCUUGUUCAUCUACAUAUUCUCUUUCCACAAUUGAUGAGUCUCUGAGAGCUGAUCAUACCAUUAAGAACAUCUUGAGUAGGUAAGUUAUCUAAGACAAGUGGUUACCCAGGUGCUGCAGCUACCUUGGACGGGAGGUUGUAAUUACAUUUUAGAGCGCAUGGAAGAUCUUAAGCAUCUAAGUUCAAAUGAGGGAAAAAGGCUUCGUGAUUUUACUCCACUAAGGUUGUGUAGGGGUUUGAUGUGUAUACUGGUGCUACUUUCAACAGCGUUCGUUAUGUUGGUGUAUUUUGGCUUUAUGAGUGCUGUUAUGUUGCGACUUUUCAGCAUACAUUACAGCAGGAAAGCAACGUCCUUUUUCUUUGGUGCUUGGCUAGCUUUGUGGCCUUUUCUCUUUGAAAAAAUAAACAAGACUAAAGUUGUUUUCUCUGGGGAAACUGUUCCUGCAAGGGAACGCGUUUUACUUAUUGCAAACCAUAGAACUGAGGUUGAUUGGAUGUACUUGUGGGACCUUGCAUUGCGGAAGGGAUGCCUGGGAUACAUAAAGUAUAUUCUUAAGAGCACUUUGAUGAAAUUACCAUUGUUUGGUUGGGGAUUUAACAUAUUGGAGUUCAUCCCAGUGGAGAGGAAGUGGGAGGUUGAUGAAUCUGUCGUGCGCCAAAUGCUUUCCACAUUUAAAGAUCCUCAAGAUCCCCUGUGGCUUGCUCUUUUCCCAGAAGGCACAAAUUUCACUGAUCAGAAAUGCAUUCGGAGUCAAAAAUAUGCUGCUGAAAGGGGCCUACCAAUCCUAAAAAAUGUGUUGCUUCCGAAAACUAAGGGCUUCUGCACCUGCUUGGAGGAGUUGAGGGGCUCUUUGGAUGCAGUUUAUGAUGUAACCAUUGGCUACAAGCAUCGCUGUCCAUCUUUCUUGGACAAUGUCUUUGGGGUGGACCCUUCUGAAGUUCAUGUUCAUGUUCGACGGGUCCCUCUUGACGCUAUCCCAACAUCUGAAGACAAGAUUUCUAGUUGGUUAAUGGAUACUUUCCGUCUCAAAGACCAGUUACUUUCCAAUUUUUAUAUUCAAGGCCAUUUUCCUUAUCAAGGAACAGAAGGGGAUCUUUCCACAAUGAAGUGCCUUGUUAAUACUGUGGCAGUUCUUGUCUUGACCAGCAUUUGUACGUUCUUCACCUUUUUCUCCUCCAUCUGGUUCAAAAUGUAUGUAUCUUUGGCCUGUGCUUAUCUCGCAACUGCAACUUACUUUAAUAUCCGACCACUGCCAAUUGUUGGGCUUUUGAAAGCUUAGUCUCAUUGCAAAUUAUACUGUAUUGAGCAGGCACCGUAAACAUGUACCAACACUGAGUUCUGUUGUCGUAAUUUUGUAGUAGGGCUCGAACCCAAAGGUUGAUGUUUUUCGUCUCAAGUGUAGUUAUAUCCAUAAUUGAGACAAAUUCCUAAGUAAUUCACAAUGUGUAUGUACAAUCAUUGAAUAUUCCAUAAACGCAUAAGUUGUAUGUAUCCUCCCCUUGUUUU